UUUGUCUUCAAAGUUUCAUCAUGUCAAGCGAAAUGGAAAGGAUUAAGAGAUACUUUUUCAGAAAAUGUAAGAAAUCAGAAUUUACCUUCAUGUUCUUGAACAGGAAAAGAAAUAAGAUGAAAAUGGUUUAGAAGCAUGGAUUUCAUCAGGGAAACCAUAUUGCACAGAACCACUUCAAGCAACCUCAGAUGCAACCAAAGCAGUGAAAAACUUCAUGAAAUUGAAGAGGAAGAUAUUUUUACGAGUGAUUCAAAUAAAAUUGAGCAACACAGCAUUGGAGCACUAACAUCAACUCCAACUACAGAGAAAAACAAGAGAGGGUUGGAGUUAAGUCCAGUUGGAAGAAAAAAAUUAAAGCACUCCCUCAUAAAGGCCUAAUUCCACGGCAGCGAAAUGCGAAAUAGUUCGCGGGAAACUGAUAUAACGCAUGCGCACCCUUGCCAUGAGGCAUUUCUUGGCGAAAAAUUUCUGUUUCGUCAAAGUUGAAAUUGUUUCAACUCUCAAGCGAAAAAAACCAGCAAAACCAAUGAAAUAACUGCUUUGUAAACAAAAUUUAAUAUGGCGUCUCUGGAAAUCAACAUGACUAGUCUUUCGGAAGACACAGCUCUAUUACUUCAUAGCAUAAAUGCCAACGAAACUCCCGAUUUCCAUGAUGAUUUUUGUGAAAUACUUAUUAGCAAAGUUCAGUCUGCCAAUUUUAUGGAUGAGAGAAUCCCCUGAUUUCAAACGGUCAGACAAGAAAAGGAUUGUCUGGGCAAAUUUAGCAAAAAAACUUAAUCGCGAUGUUAACUUUCUGAAAAACAAGUGGAAAAAUCUCUGUGAUAGCUUCAAAAAAUGUCUUGACAGAGAAAGAGAUAUGAGCAGGUCAGGUGCAGGUGCUUAUAAGGCACCUCGCUGCAGAUAUUUUAGUCAAUUGGCAUUCCUUCGGGAUACACUAAGUAAUCGCACCACCCAUAGCAACGUUACCAUCCAGUCUGUUGAACCACAACAUUCACAACACCAGUCCCCAUCCUCGUCUACAUCAUCAGAACCUAUUUCUUGUGCAGAAGGUAUUUUAAAUCAAAGCUUCCCUAAUGUUGAACCUCAGGCAACUAUAGUUCAUCGUAAAAGGAAAAAAAAUGAUGACAUGGAUCCUAUUGAUCACUACUUAAUUAAUGCCAUAAAAGAAAAAGAUCAAGGCAGUGAUAAGAAAGAACAUGAAGAUGAAGAUUUCUUUUUUUGUAAAAGUAUUGUGGAUGUUUUGAGAAAGUUCCCAAGAAAAAAAAGUCUGGAAGUAAAAAUUCAACAGAUUCUUCUGGAAGAGAUGGAUGAUGAAUGAGGGAAAUGUGAAUAUUCACUUUGUUUUGUCUGACAGGUUUAUGUUUUGUUUGUAAGUUUUGUUGUGAUGUUUUUUAUUUUGAAAAAAAUUUGAAUUCCUUGCAUGAAUCAUGAUCAUUUCCCAUGCAAAUUUUAGGGAUGACAUUAAUGUCUUUUAAAUAAAGUUAUCAUGAUUUGUGGCAAUUAUUUACAUCAACAUCAUAUGCAUGCCAUUGCCAAGGGACCUCUCCUUCCUUUGAAUUAAAAUAUUUACAAAA